ACUCCUUGAGUGGCUGCCUUGUUUGCCCAGGGAACUAAGCUGAAACGCAGGUGCUCUUUUCCACUCAGCAGAUGCGAAGGCGAUAAGCUGCACUUUUUAGAGCCUCCUGAGAGACUCAGACACCCCGGGCUGAGCCACUCGGAUCUUGUCCAAUUUCCUCCUCUCCAGCGCCAGCUCCGGCUAUGGAUGUGUGUCUGAGCUCCGAGCAGCAGCCUGGGCGCCUCGGGGAAGGACCAAGCUCCCCAGUUGGCUGGCUAGACGCGGAGGGAGAGACUGUCCAGAAAGAUGACACCAGCGGACCUACAGGAGAUCUUAACAACACAGAGCCAUCUCUUCGUAGCCUGCAGAAAUUUGUUCCUACAGAUUAUGCCAGCUACACCCAGGAGAAUUAUCUGUUUGCAGGCAAGAAGAUUGUCGUCCAAGAAUCCAUAGAGAGUUACGGAGCAGUGGUGUGGCCAGGGGCUAUGGCUUUGUGUCAGUAUUUGGAGGAGCACACAGAGGAAUUGAAUUUUCAAGAUGCUAAAAUACUUGAGAUUGGUGCUGGACCAGGCCUAGUUUCCAUCGUGGCCAGUUUUUUAGGAGCACAAGUCACGGCCACGGAUUUGCCUGAUGUCCUAGGAAACCUUCAACACAACCUUUUAAAGAACACACUAACACACACAGCACAUCUGCCUGAAGUGAAAGAACUGGUGUGGGGAGAGGGCCUGGAACAGAACUUCCCCAAGUCGACUUUCUAUUAUGACUACGUUCUGGCCUCCGACGUGGUCUACCACCACUACUGCCUGGACAAGCUGCUCUCCACCAUGGCGCACCUCUGCCAGCCCGGGACUGUAUUGCUUUGGGCAAACAAGUUCAGGUUCAGCACUGACUAUGAAUUUCUAGAUAAAUUCAAGCAGGUUUUUGAUACAACAUUCUUGGCUGAAUUUCCAGAGUCGUCAGUUAAAAUUUUUAAAGGAACAUUAAAAUGGGACUAAAUGAAACAAAUUGCCAUUCAAAAACUUAGCUUGCAUUUUGAGCAGUGUUAGAAAUUGUAUUGUCAAUAAAACACUUAUAAGAUUGAGAAGGUAGUGCAUAAAAAAAUCUUGUACAUGCAAAACAAACAGAACUUAAUAUUAGAGCAGCUAUCUAAAAGCACCUAUUUAAGAUUAUCUGGUUAAUCUAAACAUCUGUAAAGAAUAACGUGAAAAUAUAAAAAUAGCUUUGCUGGCUUCCCGAAGUCUCAACUAAAUGUCCAGUAAAAUUUUACAUGAAUAAAUUAAUAAGCAAGUUUUAGUAUAAUUUACAACA